CAGUAUGUGAUCACUGGUCUGCUGCAUUACUCUACAAUGUAGUCCUCCACUCCCUGUCUGAUUCGUAGGCAGUAAUCUCUGCUCGCUCUCGCUGCCUCUCAGCUUUCUGCCCUGCUACAGCGCCGCUCUCUCUCCUCUCGGCUCUACUUUCUCUCCAGUGAGGAUGACAUCCCUGAAUUUGACGAACCAGCGAAGCUCUCACUCUUGCCGGUGGCUUCCGAGGGAGACCCCGAAUGAAUGGGCUUACUGGACGAGGAGGUGCCGCGUCUAAGGAGCUUCAGAGAAAACCCGUCAGCUGAUGUUUGUGAGCGGUCUCUGAAUCAGUGACCACAUCCAUCACCACUCCAGUUAAAGACCAUCUCCUUUUGGAAAAAAAACAAACAUCAUUACUUUAAAAAAUAAAACACACGAAACAGCAAGAAUUGCCGGACACAUGUCACAGGUAUUACUCUUCACAUGGUUGAGCAAGAGAUCUCACUUGUCCAGAGGAAGAUGUCUGACCUUGAGUCGGUGCUCCAACAGAAGGACAUAGAGUUGAAGGCCUCGGAGACACAGAGGACAAUCCUGGAACAGGACCUGGCAACGUACAUCACAGAAUGCAGUAGUCUCAAGCGCAGUCUAGAGCAGGCUCGUAUGGAAGUGUCACAGGAGGAUGAUAAAGCGUUGCAGCUCCUCCAUGACAUCAGAGAGCAAAGCAACAAACUUCAAGAGAUCAAAGAGCAGGAAUAUCAUGCGCAGCUGGAGGAGAUGCGGGUCUCCAUCAGACAGCUGGAGGAAGACUUGUCUGCUGCUCGUCGCCGUAGCGACCUGUAUGAGGCUGAACUGAAAGAGUCCCGACAGGCCAGCGAGGAGCUGAAGAGGAAGGCUACGGACUACCAGCACAGGAUGCAGAAGGUCCACUCUGCCAAAGAGCAAGGCAAAGCAGAAGUAGAAGAGAUGAUCAACAAGUUGGAAAAGACUAAUGCAGAGCAGCAGACAAAGAUCCAGGAACUCCAGGAAAAGCUUACCAAGGCAUUAAAGGCCAGUGCUGAAGCUACUGACCUCCUCCAGAGCAUGAGAGUGGCCAAAGAGCGCAUGGAACGGGAUCUAGAGAGGCUACAGAACAAAGAAGACUCCAGCGACAGCUUACGCAGGCGUCUCCGUGAAACUGAAGAUGGUAGGAAGACUCUUGAGAACCAGGUGAAAAGGCUGGAGAUUGUCGAGCGCCGGGAGACUAAACUGAAGGAUGAGAUUCAGAGCAAGGCCCAGCAGAUUCAGCAGAUGGCAGAUAAGAUUCUGGAGUUGGAAGAGAAUCUGCGAGAGACCCAGUCCACAGCCCAGCGGUUGGACACUCAUCUGAAACAGAAGGAGAAGCUGUAUGAAGACAAGAUAAAGGUGCUGGAGGCCCAGAUGAAGGCGGACAUGGCUGAUAAGGAGAUGCUGGAGUCCAGUCAGAGCAAAUAUGAGGAGGAGGUGCGGGAAAAAUGCAGCAUCAUCAGUGAACAGAAGGCGACCAUAAACGCUAUGGACUCAAAGAUGAACAGCCUGGAGCAGAGGAUUGCUGAGCUGUCUGAGGCCAACAAACUGGCAGCCAACAGCAGCAUCUACACCCAGAAAAACAUGAAAGCCCAGGAGGAAAUGAUCUCAGAGCUUCGCCAGCAGAAGUUCUACUUGGAGUCUCAGGCCGGCAAGUUGGAGGCCCAGAAUGCCAAACUGGAGGAGCACCUUGAGAAAAUGAGUCAGCAAGAGCAAAGCAAUAAGAGCCGUGUACUGGAGCUGGAAACCAGGCUCAGAGAGAUUGGGUUGGAGAAUGAAGAACAAAAGCUGGAAAUUAAACGGCAGGUGUCAGAGCUGACACUGUCACUGCAAGAACGUGAAUCUCAGAUCAGCAACCUGCAGGCGGCUCGCCAUGCUCUGGAGAGCCAGCUACAGCAGGCCAAGACUGAGCUGGAGGAAACCACUGCAGAGGCCGAGGAAGAGAUCACUGUGCUCAGGGCACAUAGGGAUGAGAUACAACGCAAGUUUGAUGCCUUGAGAGACAGCUGUGCGGUGAUCACAGACCUGGAGGAGCAGCUGACCACACUGACUCAGGAGAACGCUGAGCUGAACCGCCAGAACUUCUACUUGUCCAAGCAGCUGGACGAGGCCUCUGAUGAGAGAGAAGAUCGUCUGCAGCUCAGUCAGGAUGUGGACAGGCUGCGUCGAGAGGUGGCCGACCGUGAAAUGCACCUAAACAACCAGAAACAGAACCUUGAGACACUGAAGACCACGUGCACCAUGUUGGAGGAGCAGGUUCUGGAGCUUGAGACGCUUAACGACGAGCUGCUGGAAAAGGAGAGACAGUGGGAUGCCUGGAGGACAACGCUGGAGGAGGAGAAGAGCCAGGCUGAGAGGAGGACCAGGGAGAUCCAGAGACUGCUGGACACCGAGAAACAGAGCAGGCUCCGUGCAGAGCAGCGCAGCUCUGAGUCUCGCCAAGCAGUGGAACAGGCAGUGAAGGAGCACAAAGCUGAGAUCCUGGCCCUGCAGCAGGCCCUCAAAGACCAGAAACUCAAAGCUGAGAGCCUUGCAGACACUUUGAAUGAUCUGGAGAAGAAGCAUGCCAUGUUGGAGAUGAACGCUCGCAGUUUGCAGCAGAAGCUGGAGAGCGAGAGGGAUCUGAAGCAGAGACUUCUGGAGGAGCAAGAGAAACUGCAGCAGCAGAUGGAUGCUCAGAAGACCCACAUAUUCCGCCUGACACAGGGGCUGCAAGACGCUCUGGACCAAACCGACCUGCUGAAAACUGAGAGGACUGAUCUGGAGUACCAGUUAGAGAACAUCCAGCUCCACCUGCAGGCUGUAUACUCUCAUGAGAAGGUGAAAAUGGAGGGGACCAUCACCCAGCAGACCAAGCUCAUAGACUUCCUCCAGUCCCAGGCCCACGGUGGCUCCAAGAAGAAAAAGGGUCUGUUUGGACGUCGUCGGGAGGACCUGUUGGCUGCCAUGGCUGCUCAGGCCCAGGCUCAGGGUCAGAGUCAGAGUCAGGGCCAAGUUUCCCCUGUGCCCCCCAUCCAGCCGGUGCCUCUGCAGUACAGCGACAUGAAGGUAGCUCUGGACAAAGAGCGAGCUCGUUGCUCCGAGCUGGAAGAUGCUCUGCAGAAAAUGAGAGCAGAGCUGCGAAAUCUGAGAGAAGAAGCACUCCAGUAUAAGGAUCAUGGCAGUUCUGCAAACCCCCCCUCAGCACGGCAGCAGAUUAUCAUGUCUGCCAUGGUGAAGUCUCCGGACCACCAGCAGGGCCCGGCCAACCUGGCACCCUCCAGCUCUGGACGCAGGAAGGAGACUCCGACACCUGAGGAGAGAAGGAGGGUCACUUUUGAAAAGUAUAGCCGGCGCCUGAAGGACAGUCAGAGGGACAGAGAGAGGGAGAGAGAGAGAGUGGUACACCACAACACGCCUCACCGGUUCACAGUGGGACUCAACAUGAGAGCUGCCAAGUGCACUGUGUGCUUGGAUACUGUGCACUUUGGUCGUCAGGCGGCCACUUGUCUUGAGUGUCACGCUUUGUGUCACCCGAAAUGCUCCCCCUGCCUUCCAGCCACAUGUGGCAUGUCCAGCGACUGCUCCCUGCAUCUGUCUGAAGGGCUGUGUCGAGACAAAGGCAGCGCUGCAGGUCAACAGCUCAAAGAGGCCAGCGGACACAUGCACCUGGAGGGCUGGAUGAAACUGCCCAGGAAUGGGAAACGUGGCCAGGGCUGGGAGAGAAAAUACGUUGUUCUGGACGGGACUAAGGUGUCCGUCUAUGAGAUAGAGCCCAGAGAAGACUCAGUGAAACCACUGGAGGAGUUUGACUUGUGUCUGUCAGAUGGAGAGGUGGUGGUUCAUGGAGCAGUGGGAGCGUCUGAACUCCCAAACACCGGCAAGUCAGAUGUUCCCUACGUCCUGAAGCUGGAGUCUCGCUGCCACGCCCCCUGCUGGCCCGGUCAGGCUAUUUACUUCAUGGCUCCCAGUUUCCCAGACAAGCAGCGUUGGGUGGCUGUGAUGGAGUCGGUGGUGGCUGCGGGCAGAGCCUCGCGGGAGAAGGCAGAGGCCGACGCAGCUGCUGUGUCCAAAAGACAAAUGGUUCUGUCUCCUCUGGUCCAGAAGCUGCUGGGAAACUCUCUCCUGAAGCUGGAGGGAGAUGACAGGCUGGACAUUAACUGCACCCUUCCUCUCACAGAUCAGAUUGUGCUGGUGGGUUCUGAAGAGGGGCUGUAUGCACUGAAUGUCAUCAAGAACUCCCUCACUCACAUCCCUGGCCUAGGAUCAGUCUUCCAGAUCCACAUCAUCAAAGAGCAGGAGAAACUGCUGAUGAUUGUUGGGGAUGAGAGAGCGCUGUGCCUGGUGGAGAUUAAGAGGGUCAAGCAGUCUCUGGCUCAGUCCCACCUGCCCAGCCAGUCUGAAUUGGCCCCGUACAUCUUUGAGACAGUGAAAGGUUGCCAUCUGUUUGCUGCUGGGAGAAUAGACAACGGGCCUUGUAUAUGCGCGGCGAUGCCAAACAAAAUAACCAUCCUUCGCUACAAUGACAACCUCAACAAGUACUGCAUUCGUAAGGAGAUUGAAACUCUGGAGCCGUGCAGCUGCAUCCACCUGACCAGCUACAGCAUCAUCAUCGGCACCAACAAGUUCUACGAGAUUGAAAUGAAGCAGUUUGUGCUUGAGGAAUUCUUGGACAAGAACGACGUGUCUCUGGCCUCGGCGGUGUUCGCAGCCUCGUCUCACAGCUUCCCCAUCGCCAUCAUGCAGGUGGCCAGCAGCAUGCAGAAGGAGGAGUACCUUCUGUGUUUCCACGAGUUCGGCGUGUUUGUGGACAUGUACGGACGAAGAAGCCGCACCGACGAAAUCAAAUGGAGCCGCCUGCCCCUGUCCUUUGCCUACAGAGAGCCCUACCUGUUUGUCACCUACUUCAACUCCCUGGACGUCAUUGAAGUUCAGGGACACGCCACUGUCUGUCCUACAGUGCUGGCCCACCUGGACAUCCCAAACCCCCGCUACCUGGGCCCAGCCAUCUCCUCCGGGGCCAUUUACCUGGCCUCCUCCUACCAGAACAAACUGCGGGUCAUCUGCUGUAAGGGAAGUCUGAUCAGAGAGUCCGGAGAGCUGCAGAGAACCGGCUCCAGUCGAGGUAGUCCCAGUAAGCGAUGCCCGCCCACAUACUCAGAGCACAUCACCAAGCGUUUGACCUCGGGCCCCGGCAGCCACGACGGCCUGCACCGGGAGCCGAGCACCCCUCACCGCUACCGCGAGGGCCGCACCGAGUUCAGAAGAGACAAGUCCCCGGCCCGACCUCUGGACAGGGAGAAGUCUCCUGGGAGGGUGCUGGACAGUCGCAGGGAGAGGUCUCCGGGGAGGUUCGGGGACAGCACCCGACUCCAUGCUGGGUCUGUCCGAACGCAGCUCGCCCCGGUUAACAAGGUGUGGGAUCAGUCAUCAGUGUGAAUCCAGAUCAACGCUGCUCCUGCCUGACAAGAGGCUGAAGAGAAAACCACGAGGAACCCUCAAUACACUCUGAGUGCAAGCACACAAACUCUCUCACACACACACACACACACACACACACAUCCUCUUGCCUGUACAUAGUGCACUCUCUCAACAACACACAGAACCUGCAAAGGGAGACGUCUCCUGUGACAAUCCUCUUUUCUGACUCGUGCUUUCAUGGGAGUUAAUCCCGCAGUGGUUUUGUUGGCAGGGAACCUUCGCCGACCCAAGAAGAGCGACAAAAUCUACUUUAUAAUAUACAGCCAGAUUGUAAAUAUUGCCGUCUGAGUUUUUAUAGAUAAAGGGAAUAGUCGGCUGGUGAAGCCAUGUCUAUUUUUUUUAAAUAGUUAGUUUCUAAAGAUGUUGCAGGGAGAUUAACGAUGUCGCCCAGUUAAGAAAAACAAGCUAGAAUGGGAAACAUUGAAUUAAAUCCUGGAGAGAACGAGCUCUGAGGAGGCGACACUUUGCACAUGAGAUUGGAUUUGAACAUCUUUCUUUGGAUCACAUGUACGGUCGUCUACAUAGCCUUUGAUAUAGAAUUGCAUAUGAUUGCUUUAUUGACCGUCGUCGUCCGGCCACACUUAACGAUUAUUAAGCAAAGUUUUUUUUUGUUUUUUUGCUCCAAGUGUUCCUUGUGUUUUUUUUUUGUUUUUUUUUGCAAGAUAAAGAAACACUCAGCUCUGCCUCUGCUGCCGGACGUCGUGCGGUCAGGCUGGCUGAAACCGCCUCAGCUUGAUCUUAGUCCGCCGCCGCCGCCACCGCCGCCGCCGCUGCUGCUGCUGAUUAUGGUACAGAUGUCCUGUUUCUGUGCAGUGAUAUGAAGUCUAGUAACCGUCAGGGGUCGUCACUUCUUUCUGGUGUUGUUUCUUUAGAGGCAGUAAGACCACCUCCAUUUGUCACAUCGGUGAGCAUGACUAACUUAGAGCAGCACCUGACGCUUUUCGAUCUCCUUUCUCUUGGUUGUUCCUUUUCUGUCAUGUACUCACUUGAAUAAGUAGACAUUGAUGUUUGACGGUAACUUUCUUGGUUUUUAGAGAUAUGUAUAUCAGUACACGCAUUAAACAUGAUUGAAGUGUC